AUCGCGACACCACGCCUCCUCCAGGCACCGGCUUAUAUCUUCAAAGAGGCUUACGAAAAUGGGGUCCUCCGCGAGCUUUGCUAAGACCAUUAUCAUUCCCGCUAUCAUCUCCCUGACCCUCUAUCUCCUCUUUUCCUUCCUGAUCAUCCCGUUCUUCCGUCGCUACCAUCAACGAUACUCGCAAUACCUCCCUCUCCACGCUAUUUCCGCACAUACAACCUCCGUCAAGGAUCGCAUAGCCGACGCCAUGAUGCGUUUUUUUCUCCCAUCUUCCUGGCGGCAGGACGCUCGGCUAGCCGAUGAUGCGAAUGACAACGUUAGUAUCUUGGACGAAGAGGGAGAGAUCAUGAUGGGCAUGCACAUGGAUCCAACGCGGAGAGAGGAAUUAGAACGGCGACGCGCGACGGCUGGUGAGGUGGAAGGACGGCUCAGUCGGGACUUGGAGGAGGGAUUCAUGGAUGAUAGUGACAAUGAAGAUGGUCGGGAACAUUCCAGAUUACAUCGUUGAGUAAAUAGAUAUUUAGCUGUUAUUUAUAUCCUUGAGAUGGAGACAUCAUUGUAGUGAGAAAUGUCAAAGUAGGAUGUAGUUGUAAUCAGUAGUUUGAACCACCAUAUCUACUAUAUCUGAUACUCUGAUCAAGUUCCAAAAAUAAAC